AUGACGGACGCAUGGUUCGAAAAUGCCAUCGAAUCUGACGGUAUAGAUGGAGAAGGCUGCCGCCGCUCAGAAGCAAUGACACUAAAAUCCUAUCUCCGCGACGAGAUCGCUGUCAACCAAGCAUCACAGCAACUAGCACAACCCACCGAAAACUGCGCCUUCCCAGGCGAUCCACUCAUCUAUCUCUGGGGUGUAUUACAAGACGCCAUGGUCGAGCUCCCAGGGUCUGCAGCCAAAAUUGUGCCACUGCUGCUUGAGAUGCAAAAACGAUCUGAUAUGCAGUUGCGAGAAAAUCAAAGGGAAGGCGCAUUAAGCGAUAGACAGUGGGCGCUUUGGAGAGAUUUGCCUGGGUUUGCGAAUCUGUGGUAUGAUAUGCAUUGGUGGUACUAUUCCUCGCACUGGCGCGUUGAACUCGAGCGAUUUGACAAGCAAGAAACAGUGGCCAAUAUAUCGCGAAUCGCUACUGCUGAUGCAUUGCUAGCGGUCUAUGGUAUCCUUGGAGAAAGAGCAAAAGCAGAAGGGUUGGCGAGACUGGCAGAUUCACUUGAAGAUGAAUCUGCUGUUUUGCGUCUAGAGAUGCCUAUAGUCAAGGAAUGGCUGCUCAAUGCUGGAGACAUGCUUUUUGAGAUGUGUAAAGCUGAGUCUCGACAUUGUUUACUGGGCAACAGUGCAGAGCUCAAGCAGAAAUCUAUAGGGAGAACAAGACGAGAGUUGUGGAAGGGCGAGAGUGGACCAAGUCUUGCCCGAUGUCAGUUUUGGGAACAAAGGUUGGGGCAUAUAGAGCAGGAUAUCGGGGUUGAGGAGAAAACCAGAGAUGCUGCGAGGGUUUCUCUGAGGGUUAUGGAACAGCGUUGA